AACUUAUAGAUUUACUUUUUUUUUCCCCUUGUUUUUUUGUAGCCAUAAUCAUCUAGUUGGGAGAGUAAUUGGAACGGAAAAGAUGCUGUCGGAUGAAGAAUCAAGAGAACUAUUAGCGGUGAGCGCAUCUACAUCACCCGAACCGGUGAGCCGACCACAUCUAGCCAAAUUGUCACAGCUUUCACAAGCACAAGUUGAACAAACAAACACCACACUCAAAAGAUUUUGUGAAUUCUUUAAAAUCAACUUCUUGGGAUAUCAAAACCAGUUUGAAGAGUAUGUGUUGCAGAAUGAACCUAAUGAUUGCUCGUUAGUGGCGAAAUACUGCAAAGUCAUCGACAUUGAUUUGCGGAAUCAAAACACCAUUUCUGUGGACAAUGUAACUGUUAAUUCGUUACAUAUACAACACCCAUUGAAUAAUUUCAUGAGCAAUGAAGCAAAUCAGCUUUCGCCUGAAAAUGUCGACAUACUGAAGGAAUUGGAAGAAGCACCAAUUCUUGUCUUUGUUCAUGGGUUAGGAGGUCAAAUGUCACAAUUUGAACCUUUGAUGGGGUUGUUGUCACAAUGUCUGGAAAUAGUGUCACUUGAUUUGCCAGGAUUUGGUAAUUCCAAGAUUCAAUUCAGUGAUAAGCUCAAGACUGUGUCUAACAUUUCCGAUGAGGAUAAACAGAGAAUAUCUUCAAGCAUACAAAAGAUGACUUGGUCUGAUUUCACCACAGAAAAUAUAACUAACAUAUUGUACGAGUUCAUAAAACAACAAAUACCAGAGAAUAAGAAGAUUGUAUUGAUAGGUCAUUCAAUGGGUACUCAUCUUUCAAUCAAACUCGCAAAGAAGUUACCAAAUCAUAAAGUAGAAGGAUUAAUAUUGUUAUCGCCACCAGGAUUAAGAGAUGAUGUCAAUGUUGGAGUGAAAGAUUCUGGUCACAAAUUAUUUAGCUUGUUUAAGUUGUUCACUUAUGUACCAUGGUUGUUUAACUUGUUUAGGCUGUGGGACAGGUUAGGAGGGUUGAAUAGCACCAGUGUAGCUCGGCAAUUGUCCUCAGGCUCCAAUACGAUAUAUAACAAAUUAAAACAAUUACGUUGGAAUAUGGAUAUUGACUCAUCAAUAAUAUUGAAAUAUUCUAAUGGGUUUCUGCCUGCUACCACGUCUGAUUUGACGACCGCGGUUAGUCAAUUCAAUGAUAACCCUACAGAUAAGCAUGUCUAUGAGAAAACAUUAGUUUUGGGUGGAUCAAGUGAUUCGGUAACGCCGGUGAAAAACAUAUACAAAAUCGACGAAUUUCUAACCAGGACAUUUGAUAGAAAAGUGUCGUCCACCAUAGAAAUCAAGGGAGUAGGUCAUUCGUUAUUGUUGCUGAAACCAGAGUUUAUCAGCGGAAUGAUUUUGAAUCAUGUGGAACUGAAGUUCCCACAAAGAUUGCAUUUGUCACCAGCAUGGGUUCUACAAGUGAAGGCCCGGAUUUCUGGAGAUAAAUGGGGGCUAAAGAAUGAAUUGAAGUGGCUGUUGUUGAAACCAAUCUCGUCCAAUAUAACUAGAAGGAAUGGUUCAGAUAUUGCUCCUUUAUUAGGUAUGAAGACCUUACGUGAAGGAGAUGCUAAUCAUUCACCUACGAUCUUAGAAGGAUUAUUCUACGGGGAAAACAGCCAUAACAGCGCAGAUAUCCCCAAAGGCAAUCUUAUUGCUAUAAUCGACAUAUCAGCGGAUAUUCCACCAUAUAGUCCAAAAUCAUUCAAUGUAAUCAAGUAUUACAAGUGUGCUACUGUAUCGAAAGUGGCGCCCGAUCAAAGUGCCAUUAGAAGAUUUAUUCAGUUGGUGGAUGAUAUCUUGUCGGAUAACAAAGCAGAGCAUCCUUUGAUUGCAGUGCAUUGUCAUUACGGGUUUAAUAGAACCGGGUUCUUGGUGUGUUGCUACUUGAUAGAGGUAUUGGGGUGGUCGGUGCAAGAAGCGGUUGAAGGAUUCAAGAAUGCAAAACCACCAGGAAUAAAGCACCCCCACUUCAUUGAUGCAUUAUAUGUACGAUACGAAAGCUGAGAAGAUAGCCAAGCAAAGUUUAUAAAAUGUAGCUAGAAAAAAAAAUUGUAAUAUUUAUUAGU